UCCGUGGAUUCACCGUCUCUGAUGGAGAAGAGCGAAAACGGAGGAGGAGGAGGAGGAGGAGGAGGAAGAUACCACCGGGCGGCCAAGCGGCUCCGGACGGAGGAGAAUGCCGGCGCGGAGGAGCUGGAGGACGGGGAGGAGGAGCAGGAAUCCACCGGAGAGGAGGCAGCGGGGAGCGGAGGCUCCGACAGCAGGAGCCGGAAGAUCGGAGGGAAGGACGGUGCGGGGGACAGCCACCGCAUCCCCCCGUCCCCGGUCGUCCACGUCCGAGGGCUCUGCGACGCCGUGGUGGAGGCUGAUCUGGUGGAGGGACUCGACAAGUUCGGCAACAUCUGCUACGUGAUGAUGAUGCCGUUUAAGCGCCAGGCUCUGGUGGAGUUUGACAGCGUGGAGAGCGCCGAGCGCUGCGUGUCGUCUGGAAGCGUCUGCAUCGCCGACCAGCAGGCCUUCUUCAACUUCUCCACCAGCCAGAGGAUCACCAGACCCACCAACGCAGACGACCCCACCAGCGGGAACAAGGUUCUACUGCUCUCCAUCCAGAACCCGCUGUACCCCGUCACCACUGAUGUCCUGUACACCGUCUGCAACCCCGUCGGUAGCGUCCUGCGCAUCGUCAUCUUCAAACGCAACGGCAUCCAGGCCAUGGUGGAGUUUGAAUCUGUGGAGGACGCCAUGAAGGCCAAACUGGCUCUGAACGGAGCCGACAUCUACGCCGGCUGCUGCACGCUCAAGAUCGAAUACGCUCGGCCCAACAGACUGAACGUCGUCCGCAAUGACAACAGCAGCUGGGAUUACACCAAACCCUUCCUCUUGCAGCGAGAGCGGGGAAAGGGGAGGCAGCGGCAGGCCAUCCUGGGAGAGCAUCCAUCCAACGGCUACGGCCAACACUGCCCCCUGCUGCCUCUGCCUGCUAACAGCAGGUACAGGAGGAGCAGUGAGGAGGUGCAGGACAUGGUCUCCUACCCGCUGCUCCUCCCUAAGACCUCCUCCUCCUGCUACUCGUCCUCCUUUAGGGGCCACGCCGCCUCCAGCUCAGUUGCCAUGGUGAGCGGCCUCCAUCCCGCCAAGAUGAACUGCAGCUGCAUCUUCAACCUCUUCUGUCUGUACGGCAACGUGGAGAAGGUGAAGUUCAUGAAGAGCGUUCCCGGCACGGCGUUGGUGGAGAUGGGAGACGAGUACGCCGUGGACCGAGCCGUGACUCACCUCAACAGCAUCAAGGUGUUCGGCCAAAAACUCAACGUCUGCGUGUCCAAGCAGCAGGCGGUGAUUCCCAGCCAAGUAUUCGAGCUGACCGACGGCAGCAGCAGCUACCAGGACUUCAGUCUGACCAGAAACAACCGCUUCAGCAGCGCGCAGAGCAGCAGGAACAUCAUCCAGCCGCCCGCCGCCGUCCUGCACUUCUACAACGCCCCGCCCACCCUCAGCCAACACCAGCUGCACAAGCUCUGUACUGAACACAACGUUCCCGCCUUCACCAAGUUCAAGGUGUUCGACGCCAAACCAGCCAGCUCCAAGACUCUGUCCGGUCUGCUGGAGUUUGACAGUAAAACUGAAGCUGUGGAGACUCUGACCGUCCUCAACCACCACCAGAUCAGAAUACCCAACAGCUCCACCCCCUUCACCCUGAAACUCUGCUUCUCCACCUCCUCCCAUCUGUGAGCCGGAAACAAGAUGGCCUCCAAGGGCCCCUCCGGUCCUGCAGGAAGAAUCAGAGAGGAAGUUCUAAAAAGAGAGAAGGAGGGACAGAAGAUUUGAGUGUGUGAAGGGAUGACGUUUGUGUGUUUGCUGUUUGUCCGACUCACAGCGGAGCAGGGAGCGAUGGAGUCAUGGACUGAACGAAGAGGACUGAGCCUUUUUCCUGAACGACGUCAGCAGCCUGAGAGGAAACCUUCCGACUCCAUCCUCCACAAAACACCCUGAAGAUAAAGAUAUGUAACUCUGUAAAGGAUCGGGAUGUUGAACAAAACUCAGGGAGGAUUCAGUAAAAAGUGUAAACCAAUCAGAAAUCAGCCAUUAAAAGAGAGAGACUGUUACCACAAGAUAUUUGAACAAUCAACAUGUUUUUAUUUUUAUUAAUAUGGGAUUUCCUUUUUUGAAUUUAAAGUAAGUUAGUGUGACUUCAUUUAACUUGCAGAUACAUCAGUUUAUGUUGUGACGAUGUAAUUAGCUUAGUUAGAUUGACUCAUCUGAACCUCCGUUUUCUUGUAAUCGCAAAGACAUUCGUUCAGUUCAGCGUGUCUUCCAAAUGUUUUAAAUGUUUGUGUCUCCUCUGUAA